AUGUCUUUCAUCUCUGUCGAGACCACAGACUAUGCAGGAUUCAUCAGGCGGGCCUUCAUGGACGAGGGACUCAUGGGGGUGGUGGCAAAACUGCCUUUGGAGAGGAAUUUCAAGCUAGAGCAUGUGAAGGAGGUGGUCAGAGAAGCGGAUGGUUACCAGUCGCAUCUGGUGUCCCCUGAGUUUGGCCUGCGGAGACUGGUGGAUGAGACCAUUGGACUUGUGCUGGAGCCUGUCAACAUGUGUGUGCGGCGGGUCCACCAGGUCCUCAUAGAUGCUGCCAGGGAGGCAGCCAGGAAAGCCAGCCUGAUGACAAACACCACAGUGCUGGACGAUACCAGGGAGCCGCUCAGGCUGCCAGCGUUUGAGAAGGCGGUGCUCUUUGCCGUGACUCAGGCGCUGGAGAAUUGGCGAGACGAGGCCAUGGAAGUGGCGAAGACCAUUGUAAACAUGGAGCAGACGUACGUGACAGCGGCCUUCUUCCGCCACCGCACGGCAGAGCGCUACAAGGCCAUGAUGCAAGCGCAGCAGACUGCGCGGCUCCUCGGGGAAGGCAAGGCGGUGGCGGCAGACUCAGACUCGGACGACGAUGACGACUCGCGGGACUCAAUGGACGGUGACAGCCCGCACAGGCCGCGCGAGCUCACUGCUUCCUCCACACCCAUCGGGGGCCCACUCUCCGGCGGCCUCACCAUCCCUGCCACCAUGAAUGACCCAGGUGACCUGCUGACUGGGUACCUGGAGAAGCGCAUUGGCGAGAACAGCGGGCGGCAGAGCCUGCCGGAGGCAUGGCGCUGGCAGAAGCGCUACUUUGUGCUGACGGAGCCCAAGGGCAUGCUGUACUACUUCAAGAGCGCCGACGACCCGCCCAACUACAAGGGCCUUAUCAAUAUGCGCGAGUGCAAGGCGGAGGACGUGGAUGUGGAUGGCCUGCCCAAGAGCGCCUCGCGCUCCAAGUACGACCUGGACGGCGGCGGCGGCCAAGUCUCCCUGCUCAUCCGAGUCUCCCACAAGGACCCGUCCAAGCCGUGCGUGAAGAACCACCACUCGCUGGUGCUGCGCGCAGACAGCGCUAGCGAGAAGUUCAUGUGGCUGGCGCGCCUCAAGAAUGCCAGUGAUGGCGGGGGCGCCGGGGGGCGCGCCCCCCUGCGGGGGUACACCUCCGAGCAGCUGCGCGCCGACUCGGUCACCAGCUCCACCGCCCCAACUCCGCGCGACGGCGUCCGCCGAGGCGGGACUCCCAAGGUGGGCGAUGUGCCUCUGGGAGGCAUCGGUUCAUCCGCGCUGUUCACAGAGGACAGCGGUCUGGGCCCCGAGCCUGUGCUGCCGAGCCGCUACGGCAAUGGCGUGGACAACAGGGUGUUUGAUGACUACCUGCAGCAGCUUGCGGAGGACACGGCGGCCUAUGUGCGCACCGUGUGUCAGACCAUCGUCCUCACUGUGCCGAAGGCCAUCAUCCACUGCCAGGUGAAGCGGGCGCAGGCGCACCUGCUGGAGCACCUGUACGGGGCUAUGACUGGGCUGGGCGGCGCAGAGGCCGAAUACCUGCUGGAGGAGGACCCCGAGUCUGUCAUGGGCCGCGAGAAGCUCAAAAAGUCCGUGGGCGACGUGGCGGACGCGAUAGGGCUGCUGAAGCACCUGCAGGAGAUGCACUACGAGGAUGAGGAGAAGGCUGCGCAGCCCAUGGAGGUUCCCGCUGACAUUGUCGCCCUGGCCGAGUACCGCCGCCGCCGCACAACCAGCGACCGCUCUGCAGCGUCGCUGUCAAACGGCAGCUCGCCGGAGGGCGCCGGCGCCGGCCGUCGCUCGGCGUACCCGGACGCCACCGCCGGCGCCGGGAGGUCCGCGGCGGCCGGCACGGGGGGUCCCCCGGGUCCCCCCGCCCGCACGCUGUCAUCCUCGCGGCGGCAGGCCACGCCACCGCCGCCGCGCGUGUCAAUCCCCACGGGCCCCCCUGGCCCCGCAUCGUCCCCCAGCCCCAUGCCCCGCCGCCGUCCGCCCCCGGCCCCCCCCGGCGAGACCCCCCGAUAG